GUGUUAUCUAUUUCAGACCUUAUGUGAACCUGAUAAGAUGGAUGCAUAUCCCCUAUUUUAUAGAUAAGGAAUCUGAAACUUAGAGAAGUUAAGCCUUUUCCCAAGUUUUCACAUCCCUAAGUUGUAGUGUCAAGUUUUGAACUCCAAUCUCUCUGACUUUAGGGUCCUUUCUGUACUACACCAGCUUGCCUUUCAAAUAGUAUUUGGAGGCCCUAUAGAUCUCUCCUACCAUUAUACUUGGCUUCACACUACAAAGCACCUAUAGCUUUUUUCCAUUUGAUUUCUGUAACACUUUUGACAUCUAACAAAUGUUAUUUCUUCAUCUCUCCUUUAUUGCUUGUAAGAUAUGUUGGUCUGACUGAACUGAGCCAAAUACUGUAUGCAGAAAACUUAACUAUCUCUAUUCUAGGCUACCUAGUCAGUAAUUCUGCUAUGUAACUUCAAAUGCUUACUCAAUAAUAAUCACCUACCUUAUCAACAUAGGUCUUUAAAGUAUCUAAGAUGACCUCAUGGCUCCAUGCUCCAUGUUCUACAUAUAAAAUGAGUGGGACAGCAUGAGUCCAAUACAGCCAGCUCAAGGUGGUGACUCACACCUUCCUAAUUGUUUUAGAAGUUGUUUUGGAAUACAGAUCUCAUCCUAUUGUCUGUGUCAGGAUUUACAUUACAAAACUUGCCAAUGGCACUUCCAGUAUGAUUGUGCCCAAGCAACGAAAACUCUCAGCAAGCUAUGAGAAGGAAAAGGAACUGUGUGUCAAAUAUUUUGAGCAGUGGUCAGAGUCCGAUCAAGUGGAAUUUGUGGAACAUCUUAUAUCCCAAAUGUGUCAUUACCAACAUGGGCACAUAAACUCGUAUCUUAAACCUAUGUUGCAGAGGGAUUUCAUAACUGCUUUGCCAGCUCGGGGUUUGGAUCACAUUGCUGAGAACAUUCUGUCAUACCUGGAUGCCAAAUCACUAUGUGCUGCUGAACUUGUAUGUAAGGAAUGGUACCGAGUGACAUCUGAUGGCAUGUUAUGGAAGAAGCUCAUUGAGAGAAUGGUCAGGACAGAUUCUCUGUGGAGAGGCCUGGCAGAACGAAGAGGGUGGGGACAGUAUUUAUUCAAAAACAAACCUCCUGAUGGGAAUGCUCCUCCCAACUCUUUUUAUAGAGCACUUUAUCCUAAAAUUAUACAAGACAUUGAGACAAUAGAAUCUAACUGGAGAUGUGGAAGACAUAGUUUACAGAGAAUCCACUGUCGAAGUGAAACAAGCAAAGGAGUUUACUGUUUACAGUAUGAUGAUCAAAAGAUAGUAAGCGGCCUUCGAGACAACACAAUCAAGAUCUGGGAUAAAAGCACGUUGGAAUGCAAGCGAAUUCUCACAGGCCACACGGGUUCUGUCCUGUGUCUCCAGUAUGAUGAGAGGGUGAUCAUAACUGGAUCAUCGGAUUCCACGGUCAGGGUGUGGGAUGUAAAUACAGGUGAAAUGCUAAACACUUUGAUUCACCAUUGUGAAGCAGUUCUGCACUUGCGUUUCAAUAAUGGCAUGAUGGUGACUUGCUCCAAAGACCGUUCCAUUGCUGUAUGGGAUAUGGCCUCCCCAACUGACAUCACCCUCCGGAGGGUGCUCGUCGGACAUCGAGCUGCUGUCAAUGUUGUAGACUUUGAUGACAAGUACAUCGUUUCUGCAUCUGGAGAUAGGACUAUAAAGGUAUGGAACACAAGUACUUGUGAAUUUGUAAGGACCUUAAAUGGACACAAACGCGGCAUUGCCUGUUUGCAGUACAGAGACAGGCUGGUCGUGAGUGGCUCAUCUGACAACACUAUCAGAUUAUGGGACAUAGAAUGUGGUGCAUGUUUACGAGUCUUAGAAGGUCACGAGGAACUGGUGCGCUGUAUUCGAUUCGAUAACAAGAGGAUUGUCAGUGGGGCCUACGAUGGAAAAAUUAAAGUGUGGGAUCUUGUAGCUGCUCUGGACCCCCGUGCUCCUGCAGGGACUCUCUGUCUACGGACCCUUGUGGAGCAUUCUGGAAGAGUUUUCCGACUCCAGUUUGAUGAAUUCCAGAUUGUCAGUAGUUCACAUGAUGACACAAUCCUCAUCUGGGACUUCCUAAACGACCCAGCUGCCCAAGCUGAACCCCCCCGCUCCCCUUCUCGAACAUACACCUACAUCUCCAGAUAAAUAAUCAUACAGUGACCUCAUACUUGCCCAGGACUCAUUAAAGUUGCGGUAUUUAACAUAUCUGCCAAUACCAGGAUGAGCAACAACAGUAACAAUCAAACUACUACCCACUUCCCCGGACUAGCCGAGGAACGGGGCUUUGAGACUCCUGUUGGGACACAGUUGGUCUGCAGUCGACCCAGGAUGGUCUACUCAGCACAGCUGACUGCUUCCGUGCUGCUAUCAGAAGAUGUCUUUUAUCUUUUGUGAAUGAUUGGAACUUUUAAACCUCACCUCACCUCCCCUCCUUUCCUCUCUGCACCUGUUUUUCCUCAUUUGGUUCCAGACAAAGAUGACUUAUAAAUAUAUUUAGUGUUUUGCCAGAAUCUCUCUUGCUUUGCCAUUAAGCAGAAGAACUAGUUUCCCUAUAUAGCCUUCUUGGAGACCAACUUCUAGGGGACAGGGGGUACAGCUUCAAGCCAGACAGCACCCAUUUUCUCCCUGUGAACUCCAGGAAUGCCCAGCACCUGGCAGGAUCAGCCCAGCCCCACUGUGGUUAGGAGAAGACAGCUGUCUGUAUGGCCUUUGGGGCGAGAAAGAAAGAAAACAAAAAUACACACUGGAAGAUCUGGGCCUCUUUCCUUUCAUCUUUUUCUGUUUCUGUCCUUCCUCCCUUUUCCCCCACUCUCCUUCAACCUGUUUCUCUGCUGCACCUGAGAAGAAAGAGUAUGAAGAGAGGUUCUCAGUUAACAUGAGGCAAAUCAGAGAAAAUGCCACACUUGGAAGAGCUAAAUGCUGUCCAGUUGAAAUUUCAAACCCAGGCUUUUGCUGCAAGUGACCCUGUGGGGCAGCAGUGGGUUCUUAGAAGGUACUCUCAUCAUAUUUGCAACUCUUCUCUCUCUCCUAACAGCACCCCCUGUCCGUUUAAAAAGGUGGGGGUGGGGGCAGAAAUCGCCUGGGCUCCAUCAAUGGCCACAUCUUUUCUGGACUCAGCAGUCUCCUCGAUUCCAUGUAGAGUGUGCAAAGGAGUUGCUGAUUGCAUUUCCUCUCAUUAACAAUUAGAUGUGUAAUAAAAAGCAUUGUACUUCAUCUUAAAUCACUGGUAAGGCUCAGCCUAAAGAAAGGUUUGAAAUGGCCAGAGCCAGUCGCUGGGUGCAGUCCACAUAAUGGUUCACAUCUCUGAUUUGCUCGUCAGGGUCUGUGGACACCCAGCUCCUGUGUCUUUGCCAAGACCACAAUCAGAGUAGUUGAGAGGUGGUCAGAGGUAAAAGUGGAUUUCUUUCUCAUUUAGAACAGUAAAUAUCAUCUCUCAGAAAGCAAGCUAAUCAUCUCAACCUUGCACUGCAGAACCUUCCUCCUGCUUUUCCCAAACCUGGUAUUUACAAAAGGGCAAAGCUGCCGGAAAGAGGAUCAGGGUGAAGUUUGGCACACAGGGUUUACUAAUGGGGCAGAAAUUGCCUUCGCUUUUCUUUUCUUCCUCCUCCGGCCUUAUUUAACUCUCCACUCUCCCCAGCCAAUAAAAUUUCUCUGGAAGUUGGUAAGCAACAUAAACAAAUGGACCUCAGCAAGGGCCAGGCCAACCUGGCCACUUAAAAGGCAGCUGUAUAAGUGUCGGGCAGGGCGGGUGUGCCACCCCAACUUGGGAACACGGAAUACUACCAGCAUGUGCCCAGCUUGUUUCCCGGGGGAGGCACGGGGCUGCAUCAGCCCUCUCGUGUGGUGUGGGCACACCCAUUACAGGUUCAAGGCCACACUGCAGUCUCUAGUUUCCCUUGGAAGCUGAGCAGCUAGUCAGGCCUGUUGUUUCUGUUCCUAAGCAAAGCAGUUGAGUAAAAGAAAGCCCCAUUUUAGCCAGCUGCUGUAAAAACAUCAGAAUGGAAGCCAGUUGCAGAUGACCUCAGAGCCAGACCACCUUUAGUUAAGCAAGGGGGAGAGGGAGAGAAAGCCAUCUUCACCCUUCCCUUCUGAUGUGACUGAAUGUUGUUGUUAUGUAUUGAGGGGCAAGUUAUGCAUAUAUGCUUUUCCUUUCCGGCUUCAGGAGAGCUUUUAAGCUUUUGGUUCCAGGUUAUAUUCAGAAAAUAUUUCCCAGUGUAAUAUGUCAUUGCCUGGGAAAUAUUUUCUGAGUAUAAGUCCCUUCCCACCCACCCAAAUGCUACAGAGAAAUGUUUUCUAUUUAGCUGUCAUCAGAGUUCCUUGUCUAUUGUGUUGACUAUUUUUGGCUUUUUGAUUGGUUAAGGAUUUUGCUACAGGUGAGACAGAGGGCCAUCAGCCCUGAGUAACACACAGGUCAGGCAUUAAAGGGGCGUGGAUUUCAAGCUGUUUGAAAAUAUUGUCCAAUAGCCAUAACUUUAAUAGCCCUUCUGUUAUAUGCUGCUAUUUAAAAGUGGGAGCUGUUGAAUAUUCAUUGGUGCCCGGGGUUUUGCUCUCCCAUCUAGGUUCAGUUGAAGGUAGAUUAUUUCUAAGAUUGUUUUGAAGCUUGUCCAGUACAUCAUAAAUGAGAUCAAGGGUGGACCCUGCAGUCUGGAGCCAUUAGCUCCAUUGAGCAUGUUUUCCAAGUUGUCCUUUGCUGCUGAUGGAAAUGGGAAUGAAGUUAAGUGGUCUGAAAAACUGAGUCAGUCUCAUUUCUCAGCUCUGGGGGUCAUUUACCAGUUCAUUGUAGAAGAAAUAAUCAGGUAAGUAGAAGUUCAUUUCCAGAGAAGGUAAACCCCACUUACCAUCUCUGCAUGAUUUCGGUCGGAAUUGAUUAUCACUAAUCCCCAACUGGGCUAGAAUAAAUGUAAAGUUUGACCUUUUUAAAAAGAAAAGAGAAACAAAGAAAGUCUCAAUACAUUGAAAGGAAUGGUAGAAAAGGAGCUGAAGGAGUCUGUUGGCUCUGAAAUGGCAUGUCUCCAUUGUAGAUUAGUCUCUUCUCACUAAAAUUCCAGUGUGGGCCUGAAAGAGGCGUUUCUUAAAGAUGGGAGGAAGCCCCUUCAAAGGCGGGCACGCAAGGAGCGUGUGCACGCACCUGCGCCUGCACCCUGGAACUCUCUGGGCACUCAGGAGCUCUCCAGUCACACCUGGGCUGCUUGGACAAAACCAGCAUGCCUUGCUGCACAUGUGUGUAUUUUCACUGCUGAGAACAUCCUUUUCCUUUCUUAUGUGCCGUUUGAAAGUGGACAUGAAUUGUGAAUGGAGGCCUUUUACACUUGUCCCUUGGCAAGAUUUUUUCUGGUGACUCUUCACCAGAAACUUCAGAGACAGGACUCUCUGGAACUCUAUUGACAAGUAAUAAAGUCUGGCCCUCAUAACUUGUUUCUGAACUGGAAAAAAAAACCAAACCUGGGACCCCUAAAUCAUUCUGUUUUCUGCUUGAGUAAGAAAAAUCCUUCUUAUUUUUCUUUUGUAAAGUCAUAAGCUGAAGAGAAGAAAAUAUGCACUCUUCUCCUCUGCCGUCUCCUGGUACCCAUUGGUCGGAACAGCUGUGGUUGGUCUACUCCUUACUUAGCACUUGAUUGUAUGUGGAAACCAAGGGCUUGGGGUGGAGGGGGGUAGGGGAUAUUGGAAAUAAUUAGGGUAUUUUUUUUCUUUCCUAGAAGUAGAUUAGAUACCUUGGUAUUGUUGACCUUCUUGGCAUCUUCCAUUUAUUUUAGAUGAUAAUACCUUCCUGCCUGAAGUGCGAGCAGUCCAACCCAGAAUAGUGCAGGCGUGAGAGCCUAGGCUCCAAGCUUAAUUCGGGAGGAAUCGAAAGGUACUUCCUAGUGGAAAAAGGGAUGCUUAGAUACCCACCACCUGUGACCAUCACAGCUCUUUGAUGAUCAGGUUUACCAUGUGAGUUUAAUCCACAUUUCUGAUCUUCCCUAUUUGGGUGAGCUGAACAGACUUUCCAAGAGCCCGGAGAACAUGAAAAGGUGCCCUUGCUUCUCCUUGCAUUCCUUUUCCCUCCUAGAAUAACUCUCACUUGUAACCAGCACACCCAAAGCCUGAAGGCAGAGUUCAUCUCCCUGGGCUUCAUCCACAUAGCUGAUCACUGACAGAGCAGAGCCCCUUACUUUACCAUUGGCUCAACGCAAUCAGUGCCAGAAAGAUAGCCAUCUCUUAGGGUAAUAAAGCUGAGUUUUGCUUCUGCUGUUUUUAUCUGUAGUUAAUUUGUGACUUCGGAAUACUUGGAACUGAGGAGCAAAACCAAAAAAGCACAAUUAUGGCUGCCUGAUUUCUGGUGGAACUUAAAGCAUUGAUAUCUGGAAACCUCUUCUGUUGGAAGUUGAGUACCUAUGAUCCAAAAUUUCCUGGAGGCCGAUGACCUCUAAAACAUAUGCUCUCCAGUCUACCCAGCUCUCUCAGCUCAUGGUUGGCUCUGUGUGUGUUUAAGGAUCAGUGUGGUGAAUGGCAUUAUAAAGUGUCCCUUCCCCUCUAUCCCUUUCUCUUCUUGGACACUGAAGGAAAAGACCAACAAGGAGGGUUAGACCUUUGGGUACCAAGGAAACUACCACCUUCCCAAAUCAGUGAUCACCUAAGCCCACCCAGACUGUUGUGAGGAAUGUUCGCUGGACUCCAGCUAUGGGGCAGGCCUGGCAACGAGUGUGAGCUUCCCUGAGAGCUUUCAGUUGGCUCAGCUCUCUGUUCUCUAGACUCUUAAGUACUGACUGCUUUGACUUUUGUGGUUAUGUUUUCGUGAUGUGUAGUCAAGGUACCAGUAUGUUCAGAACCUAGGAUCAUGGUAAAAUAGUGUGUUCUGGUUUUUGUUUUUUUUUUAACUGUUGAGAAAAAAGUAACUUAAAUUACAAAUAUAAGAUUAAAGUGAGUUUUCUAAGUGUCUUGUCUCUUUGCCCCAACAUCAAGAGGACAAUGAGUUUCAAUAUAUCAAUUGAGGGAGUGCAUAGAUAUCUUUUAAGAUAAUCUGACGUGAGAAAACAUUUAGAGAAGUGAGGGCCAAAUGGUGUGAAAAAAUCUGGGGCCCCUGGAAGACAACUAAUGUUCCAUGUUGAAUUAAACCAAAGCCAAAGUGAUGGGUAAUUUGGGAACUGGUCACUAUAGCCUCAGCCUGCCACAACCCAGCCGGGGCCCAGAACUUAGAUUUUCCUCUGACUCCUCUGUGACUGAGAUGGGUUACCCCUGUAUCCCAUUUUGUCAGUUUCUGGAAAGGUGAGCUCACAUUCAGAAGCAAUUUCCAGAGAAACUCCCAACAAGCUACAAAAAUGAAGGGAGCAGGGUGCUUGGCUGGCUCAGUAGGCAGAGCAUGUGACUCUUGAUCUCAGGGUUUUAAGUUGGAGCCUCAUGUUUGGUGUAGAGAUUAAAAAAAAAAAAAAAAAUUUUUUUUUUAAGAUUUUAUUUGACACACAGAGAGAUAGAGAACACAAGCAGAGGGGAGCAACAGGCAGAGGGAGAGGGAGAAGCAGGCUCCCCAGCUGAGCAGGGAGCCCGAUGUGGGGCUUGAUUCCAGGACCCUGGAAUCAGGACCUGAGCUAAAGGCAGACGCUUAACCGACUGACCCACCCAGGUGUCCCCCCCCCAAAAAAAUUUUUUUUAAUGAAGGGUGCAUUGACCAUCUGAGGGAAAACACUGCUACUCCAGGUGAACCCACCCCCUUCCCUACUUAAACCAAACCUUGGCCAAACCUUGGAAGAUGGGUACAAGGUUAUCAGCAUAGACAGACCCCCCUCUACUCCCUCUUAUUUUCCAUCUGUGGGCUCUCAGUGGUAGUGCUCCUCCCUGCUUGACCAGACUCCUUGGAUCUGUCACCCCGUGGUCUCAGUGCCUGUCAUACCUGGACUGACACUGUGGUCAUCGGAGCUCUCUCAGACUGUUAGAUGUCAGGGCCCUACUGCAGAACUACCCUACUUGAACUGAAGGCACAUCAGAGCCUCAGGUACACCUGGCAUUUUGCAGGUGGGGAACCUGAGUAGCAAGAAAGGGGGCCUCCUCACAUUGCCUGAGACCACAGUAGAGUCUCCUCCCUAACAACUAAGGACAGGAAGGGAGGAGUCAGCAGAGGACCACCCCCCGGGCCACUGGCAUCUACUCAGUUGUCACUCACCAGCCGGUCUCCUGAGCCCAGAAUUGAGCAUAGGCCGGGCCUGGGUUUUAUGGGUCUCACCUUCAAACCAGUGUAAGGCCCUGAAGUCACUAAAGCGAGGCUGGCCUGGAAUCCCUCUCCCCUUGAAACCUAGAGCUGCACCACCAUCGGCAAUGACUAAGGGAGGAGACCUCUCUUCUUCCUGAUUGGCUCUUGCCAAUUAAGAGCAUUUUAUUAGGCUGCUAAUUAAAGGCACUUCAUUAGCAGCAGGAGAGGCCAGGUGGGUGCCUGGUGAGAUGGAGCCAAAGCCAGGAGAAAUUGUUUUCCUCCCCCCAUGGAAGCAGAGCCUCUUAGGGAACCCUCAGUCCCCCAACGUUUCCUGCUGCGCCUGCCACACCCCUUGCUUUCAAUUAGCAGCUCUGAGGGGAGUGAGGUCAUUACCGAGCCUUCCCCUGCCUAAGGACACACGAGGCCCCCGGGGACUGCCGCAGUCCGGCUGCCAGUCUGUCCAUGCACCUAGUUUGGAAUGACCCAGGGAAGGAGAGGCUAGGCCACUCAAGGGUUUGUGUUUGUUCUCCCCACUGAGGAAUGGCCCACAGGUCCCCAUCACUGAGGCUAUUGUUUGGUGAACAGGAUGACCAGUCACUUGAUCAUGUGGUGUGAAUCCCCAUGCCCCCUUCCUCACCAAAGGCUCACUAUGUUAUUAGGAAGUAUAUAUAAUCUUCCCACCGAUCACUUUGCAGGAGCUGAGCCCACACAGCCCCAGAGUGGGCCUGCGAGGAGGAGGGGCUGAUGGGUUUACAAUCCCAGCCACAAAAGACCCUGAGAGGACUCUUGUCCUGAGCUCAUCACACAUGGAGGCACUUCUUCUGCGUGGUCCACAUGAGCCCAGGGAAGUCCCCUUCCUCCAGUAAGAGAGGAGGGUCUGGCUAUGACUUAGCACAGGAGGCUGGCAUGCAGGGUCGGAGUUAGCCCCUCUCCAGAACCCUCCCUGUCCCGUCCUGCUGCGCUCCUCACCCCCUCACUUAACUGUAGAAUUAGCACCAGCCCCGACUGGGAGGGCAGAUUUAUGGCUAGGCCUGCCUCCCUCCAUUUAACCCGAGGCCGGCCCGGGCUCCAGACACUAAAUUAGAUUUUUGACAAUUAGAGAGACUAAUGGGCACAUAGCCAUCCCCAGAGCCAGAUAUCCAGCAAGGCCGUCUUUUAAUAUCCACCACUGCCCAGCCAGCUCCUCCUGGCUGCCCUCCUCUCUUCCCAGAUGGGCGUUUCUCUCCCAUGCCCUGUACCUCUCUGCUGGGGCUCCGCGUGCACUGCUGAGGUUCCUCUGGUUCCUUCUCCCUUGAUUUCCUUACCCCCACCUUCCUGCCCCAUGCCCAGUGCCGGCUCUGUUCUAGGGCUCUGCCCCUCCUCACCUUCGGGUCACUUCUCCAUCUCCACCUUCACCAGGCCCCAUCCCUCUAAUCUUUCCAUCUGCUCCCAGCGGACUGCAAGCCCCUUGAGGGCAGGGUUUGUGCCCUGUCCAUAUCCUACGUGCUCAGCCACCAGUGGGUUCUCAGUAAACGUUUCCUGAGCCUGCCUCCCGUCCUCCUCCCCCUGAGCCACUGGACCUCCAAGGCCGCCCACCUGCCCUCCUGGCCCCAGGCCCAGGCCUGGCUCCGCUCCAGUGUGGGCUGGAUCCCCCUUCCCUGCCUCCCUUCAGCUCUGGCCAGUCUUGGGCUGGGUGGGUAAUGAGAUUGCAGUAAGUGGUGUUGGGGGGGGAAGCUGCUCACAUU